GGCUUCUUCAACAUGGCCGGCGACAAGAUCCCGACUCUUCAGUCGCUUGAGAAACCAGAGCGGCUUCAGGACAUUUUGCGCCAGGACCGCGGCGACGACUGCUUGAGCUGCAAAGUCAUAGGAAGUGGUGCAUUUUUUUGUCUUGCGGGAUAUAGCUACUUCUCGGGCAUGUCACAGCUCGAAAAGCAACGGGCUGUCAUUCUUCAGAGCAAGUCGAUCUUCGGCAUGAGGAGCCGAAGGUUUGGCAUCGUCACCAUCUCGGCCGGUCUCGCAUGGAUGGGCCUCUGGAGGGCCCUUAAAUGAGCAUUGAGAUAUUGGUGUCUUGAUUUGCAAAAAGGGAUCUGUCUUGUACAUGCAUUGCAAAGAUAUGAUGAACGACCCCGGAUGAUGGAAUGAACUGCACUCUACUUUGGCGCCAUUCGCUCAUGAUACAUGCAUGAAUGGAAGUAAUGCAUCCGAAUGGCCAUGGCUCAUUGGAUUAAUAUCAACGGCUGCUUCUAUGUAUAUUAGUGUACUACCUUGUGUAUGAUUAAGCAGGAGCACAUGGAGAUGAUCUCUCAGAAAACGGCGCAGGCUAUCUCAAGGCAUGGGGAAAAAUCUAGGUAGAUAUAUGGAUGAACUCUUCUCUUCUCUCG